ACCUCGGGGUGCUCGACAAGGAUUGUUUUGGGGGUGCUGCUGCUUAGCCCCGUUUGCCCUAAUUUAAAGCCCGCGGGAGGGCUUCCGAGCCCCGCCUCGGGAGUUUCUGCCCCAGAGACACUGCCUGCGGCCGAGCUGCUGACACCCAGGUGUGUGUCAGCCCUGGUGUCGCUCCGGGUCGGGGUGAGAGGUGGCCGUGGCCGUGGGGAGCCCCGCGCACCUGCCGCGCGGGCGCUGGUGGAGGCUGUCCCAGGGGUGGACGGGAGAAAUGAAACAGAUCCCGUUUGGAUAUUUUGCUGAAGUUAACAAGUUUCUGUUCAAGUUUAGCAGUUCUAGACCAAGUUCAUAAACCCAGCUUCAGGGCGUGGUGGUGGAUGAGGUUUGGGCGCAGAGAGACCGGGGUGACCCGGUUUGGCUCAGGAUGUUGGGGCCGCCGAGCGCCUCUGACCUUCUCCCCCGGGCAUGUGCAUCUUCUCGCUGUCACCAGGGCCGAGUGCGCGCAUGGCCCCGGGAGAGGAGGGAAGCUGGGGUUCAGUGUUGAGCACAGGCCUGGUGUCUUCGCAGGAACCAGGUGUAUCUAGGUCCUCGAUUCUAGGAAAAGGACAAUCUUUACCCAAGGGGUUGGUAGGGAGAGAGAGCUUGCUGGUUGGUUGAGAACCCUCAGUCCAUACUCACCCUCAUUUUGGGCAGUGCCCUAGCUAGUAAGGGUUGAGUGGUCAGGACAGAUGCCAUUCCUUACGUUUGUGUGAUUUGCAUUUCCAUAAGUCAUGUUUAACCCAAGGCAUCACUACGGAAAGGAAUCCUAAGGUGGAUCUUUCUAUGAGUCGCUCAGUGUGUCUUAGAGAUUGUGGUAUCUGGAGGCUACUUAAGAUGGAAUAUGCAUAUUUAUUUGAUUCAUCUUAACCUUGGAGAUAAUCCUGAGUCAUGCUUUGACAAGUCCCCUCUGUGGUCAGGAGCUCAGGCGUCUGGCGGUCUCUGUGAGAGCGGGAUGCUCCCCUGAACCUGUAGUUCUCCCCUCUGGGGCUCCGGGGAGAUUGGAAGCGGAUUAAGAGGUCUUUGGUAUUUGCCCUGCCUUCAUGCCAGUGCUCUAAAUUACUUGUGUUCACAGUCUCAAGUUUCUUAAUUUACCAUAGAAAUUUUGUUUAUACUGCCACUAGCAUUUUCAUAUUUGUUUAGCACUUGCCAGUUUACAAAUGGUUUUCUAUUCAUGAUCUCGCUUAUUUUCUCCUCUGCGAAGAAGCAGCUGGGCAUGAGGACUGACUUAAUCAGGGUCUCAUAGGUAGAAUUGGAGCAGAAUUGGGAUGCAGUCUUCACGCAUUCUCUUUCCUCUGCACUGGCCUGCAUGUGGCUUCAGAACCCUAGUCCUGACCUGCUACCCUGUAGGUCACUUGUUGCCUUUGUAUUGUGCCUACGCGGUAUUACUUUGGGGAAGGUGCUGUUAUCCUGUUUCAUCCUGUAGAAACUGGGGGAGAGUAAGAGGAAUUUAGUGAUUUUGUGAUUAUUUGUGACAGCUCUUUAGUAUUAAGGACAGUUUUCACCUGAGAGAGCCUUUUUUCUAGACCACCUGGGGGGAAGAGAGAAAAGAAAGAAUUGGUUUUGGGGAAAAACAAUCCAUUCCCUUAGUGGUGUGGUUAAGGAUAACCUGGCAUCACACUCACAUUCUCCUGGUGCACCUGGCUGCUUGUGCCAGCCUGCAUGCGAAGGUUAACCCAGAAGACUCCUUUAGAUGUCGCUGGACUCGUUACUAUGAAAAGUAUUUCACUUUCAAACUCCCACGUUUCAACAACAGAGCAAUUCAGUACAAAGACAGGACAGCAGCCUUCAGUCACGCCAGGGCAAGCAUGCCAAACUCGGGCCCGCAGGCCACAUGUGGCCCACAGGGAAUAUUUUUGGGGCCCAGCUAAUAUAACGUUUUCCUGGAACCUGGGCUCCCCAGACGCAGCACUGGAGCAGAUGGAUAAUGGAGACUGGGGCUAUAUGAUGACUGACCCAGUCACGUUAAAUGUAGGUGGACACUUGUACACAACGUCUCUCACCACAUUGACCCGAUACCCGGAUUCCAUGCUUGGAGCUAUGUUUGGGGGGGACUUCCCCACAGCUCGAGACCCUCAAGGCAAUUACUUCAUUGAUCGAGAUGGACCUCUUUUCAGAUAUGUCCUCAACUUCUUAAGAACUUCAGAGUUGACCUUACCCCUGGAUUUUAAGGAGUUCGAUCUGCUUCGAAAAGAAGCAGACUUUUAUCAGAUUGAGCCCUUGAUUCAGUGUCUCAAUGACCCUAAGCCUUUGUAUCCUAUGGAUACUUUUGAAGAAGUGGUGGAAUUAUCUAGCACUCGGAAGCUUUCUAAGUACUCCAAUCCAGUAGCUGUCAUCAUCACCCAGCUAACCAUCACCACCAAGGUCCAUUCCCUCUUAGAAGGCAUCUCAAACUAUUUUACCAAGUGGAAUAAGCACAUGAUGGACACCAGAGACUGCCAGGUCUCCUUCACCUUUGGACCCUGUGAUUAUCACCAGGAGGUGUCUCUCCGGGUCCACCUGAUGGAAUACAUCACAAAACAAGGCUUCACGAUCCGCAACACCCGGGUGCAUCACAUGAGUGAGCGGGCCAAUGAGAACACAGUGGAGCACAACUGGACUUUCUGUAGGCUCGCCCGGAAGACAGACGAUUGAGCCUCAUCCCGGGGGAGUUCCUGGACACCGACUUUCCAGGAUAUGGAAGAGACUGGAGACUGAUUUUUUUUUUUUUUGUGGGAUUUUAAAAAAAGUGUUUUUGGUAUUUAUUUGAAGGCAUUGAGGAGCAGAAGGAAGUUUUGUGCUUUAGUGGAUUCCUCUAUGUUCAUUCCCUUCACCCUGAGUAUGCAUGUGCCUGUUCAGAGCCUCCAGAUAACUUUUUUAUAAAAAGAAGUCUGAAAAUUAUUAUGGUAUAUAAACCCUUAACAGAGCUUUUUUUUUUAUUACAGUGCUAAAAUGAUUUCUGAUUAAAUGGUCCCUAACUCAACUAGAGGCUCAAAAAUAUAGGAAUGAAAGAAUAAACAAAGUGAGUACUCCUGAUGCUUUUGACAAAAAUCAAAACAUCAUGUAGGGUGACCUAGUUUCCACACCAAUAAGCAGUAUUGUAAUAUUAAAAGAAAACUGUUCCAAUCAUUUAAAAGUACUUGUUAAGUACUGCUUUUUACAGUUAUGACAACUGUUUCUUUCUAUGCAUAUAAAUCAAGCAACCAAAUAUCUGUAGCCAUGGAAAUGUCUGACUAGAAAUAUUUAUAUUGGAUUCUGAAUACAAAAUGUCCCUGUGGUAGAAAUCUUCUUAUACCUGGUGCAGUAUAAUUCCCAAGUGUACUGUCUACCAGAAAAAAAUGAAUAAAAAAUGAAAUAGAAAAAUUAGGUUUAUAUUUAUUGACUACUGUUACUUAAGGGGAAAAUCAUAUUUCUUGUCUCUAAAGUAUGCAUUGUUUGUUUUAUGUACCAACAUACACUGCACUGCCAAAGCACACUUGUAUUUGACUCAAGAGGACUCAGUGGUACCCUUGGAUGCAGUUUGUAGAACUCUACUGUGUUAUUAAGCAGGAAUAGAUGGAAUUACUAAUUUUGUUAAAACAGUACAAUUUGAACAGUGAACAUAUAAUUUGACAAAUUAAGUAGGAAUUAUGUUGAAGAUUAAAGAUUUUUCUUCAAUAAGCCACCAUUUGUCAUAGCCCUGGAUAUGACCCUUAUCGGAGUUUUGUGUUCAGUAUUGGAACAAACUGACUCUUCAGCCACUUUAUUCUCUUAUACAGUGGGACCUCAGUUCUCAAACUUAAUUCAUUCCGGAAGGCUAUUCAGGAAGCAAUUUGUUUGAACACCAAAUCAUUUCCCCCCAUUAGAAAUAAUGUAAAUCGAAUCAAUCUGUUUCAGACCACUAUAAGCAAAAACACAUGAAACUUCACAGCACAAUUUCCUGAGAUGUUAACUCGAGUGUUAGCCAUAAACUGACUCACACUCACGCAUUCUCUCCUUUGUCGCCUGAGAGAGACAUGAUUGAUCAUGUGUUGAAAGGGUUGUUGGGUUGGAACCAAAGUUUUAUUCGACAACCCAGAUAUUCUGUGAACAACUUAGUCAAGAACCCAAUUAUUUGAGAUGGGAGGUGUUCCAGAACCGAGGUUUGGACUGUAUGUGGUAACCCACAAAUUAUUUUAUUAUUAAAGUUAAAUCUAUUUCUGAGGAGAGGAAAUAAACUGCAGUGAAUGAA